AUGUGGGCAAACGUCGCUGACGUCCAGCCGCUCAUCUUGGCCUUUGCGGGGCCGCUGACGCAGCUUCUCCACGGCACCUUGGACGGCGAUCAGCUGCGCUCGACAGGCGGCGAGGCUCUGAAACAGGCAAUUUGGCGCGACGCCUUCCGCCUCGACUUGGACGGCGACCUUGACAUGUUGCCGCCGACCAAGCUCUCAGCCGCCGACUGCUGCUGCAUCUCGUCAAAGUCCAUGUAUGCACGCACAAAGACGCAGCUGAUCAAGACGCACACCAUCGUCUACGAGCGAGACGAUGCUCUGGAGCGUUUGCUGGCUGCAGCGAUGGCCCACCUCUGGAUCGACGAGCUCGACACGUCCGACCCAUGCGCACUUGCGCAGACUGCGAUACUCGGUGGCCACAUGCAGCUGCUUUGCUGUCUACGCGAUGACUACGGCGUCGAUCUGGCGGCGAUUUCGCACGUCGACGAUCACGAUAGUCCCUUGGCAAUGGACUGGGCGGCGGGACACGGGUAUCUGGACGUCGUGCAGCUGCUGCGGGACGCGGGAUGCAGCGGGUGCUCGACCGAGGCAUUGGACGACGCAGCGUUUAACGGGCAUCUGGACGUCGUGCAGUGGCUUCACCGCCACCGUACCGAAGGCGGGACGUCGUCAGGCGUCGACUUUGCGAUCGCGGCCACCCACUACGACAUCGCGACCUUCCUGCGCUCGCAUUGCGGACUCUGGAUCUCGGACAGAGCACUCUAUUAUUCAGCCAGCAUGGGUAGUCUCGGCGGCGUGAUGUACCUCGACCAAGAAUGCCACGCGUCCUGCGGCGCCGAUGUCAUGGACGCGGCCGCUGCCAACGGCCACCUACAUAUCGUCCAGUACCUCCACACGCAUCGAUCCGAGGGCUGUACGAGGAAAGCGAUGGAUGAUGCUGCUAGCGCCGGCCACCUCGAAACCGUGGUUUGGCUGCACAAGCACCGAGACGAAGGCUGCACGACGGACGCGAUGGACGCUGCGGCGGAACGGGGUCAUCUCCACGUCGUCGAAUGGCUGCAUGCGACCUGA